AAAAAAAACAACCCCAACCCAAAAAAACCAACAUAAAAAUCCCAAAGCGGCUGCCACCCCCCAAAAAAACUUGCUUAACUCGUUCCGGGAGGCGCCGGGCGCCGCGUACCGGGCGCCGCUCCAUGCCGCGGCGGGGCCGGUGCUGAGCCCCGGGGCCGCGGAGCCAUGGCCAUGGUGGCCGGCGGCUGGGGCGAGCCCAACGGCGGCGGCGGCGGCGGCGGGGAGGAGGCGGCGGCGUCCCCGGCGGGCGGUGGCAGCGACGCGGAGCACGGCGAGGAGGAGCGGGCCGGGGCGCCGGUGGACUGCGUGGUGUGCGGGGACAAGUCCAGCGGGAAGCACUACGGGGUCUUCACCUGCGAGGGCUGCAAGAGCUUCUUCAAGCGCAGCAUCCGCAGGAACCUCUGCUACACCUGCAGGUCCAACCGCGACUGCCAGAUCGACCAGCACCACCGCAACCAAUGCCAGUACUGCCGCCUGAAGAAGUGCUUCCGCGUGGGGAUGAGGAAGGAAGCCGUGCAGCGGGGCCGGAUCCCCCCCACCCACUCCAGCACCAGCCCCAACACCAUGCCCAGCGGGGAAUACUUCAACGGGCAGCCGGUGUCGGAGCUCAUCUCACAGCUGCUGCGGGCUGAGCCCUACCCCGCCGCCCGCUACGGCUCGCAGUACGCGCAGCAGGGCAGCAUCAUGGGCAUCGACAACAUCUGCGAGCUGGCCGCCCGCCUCCUCUUCAGCACGGUGGAAUGGGCCCGGAACAUCCCCUUCUUCCCCGAGCUGCCCGUCUCUGACCAAGUAGCCCUGCUACGGCUCAGCUGGAGCGAGCUCUUCGUCCUCAAUGCGGCGCAGUCGGCGUUGCCGCUGCACAUGGCUCCGCUGCUGGCCGCUGCCGGCUUCCACGCCUCCCCCAUGUCGGCCGACCGCGUCGUCUCCUUCAUGGACCAGAUCCGCAUCUUCCAGGAUCAGGUGGAGAAGCUCAACCGGCUCCAGGUGGACUCAGCUGAGUACAGCUGCCUCAAAGCCAUCGCGCUCUUCACGCCGGAUGCCUGCGGGCUCUCGGACCCGGCGCACGUGGAGAGCUUGCAGGAGAAGGUGCAGGUGGCCCUGACCGAGUACGUGCGCUCGCAGUACCCCUCGCAGCCCCAGCGCUUCGGCCGGCUCCUGCUGCGGCUGCCGGCUCUCCGGGCCGUGCCGGCCGCCCUCAUCUCCCAGCUCUUCUUCAUGAGGCUGGUGGGGAAGACGCCCAUCGAAACACUAAUCAGGGACAUGCUGCUGUCCGGGAGCACCUUCAACUGGCCCUACGGGACGGGGCAGUAGGGGACGGAGCCUCGGGGCUGCCCCGGGGAACCCCAGCAGCUGGACCCGGAUUCCCUCCAGCGCCCUGAGUCGGUGCCGUCCUUGGGGGGCCCCAAACUGCGCCGGCCCCCAGCCCCACAGCUGUCUCGUAGCUCCUCCGUCCGCCGCAGCUCCCCGCGGAAGCAGCGGGGUCGCGGCGUUGUUGUCCUAAACCCAAAGGUACUGGCUGUGCCGCUGCUGUCGGACACCGAACUCUUCUGUACCCCUGCGAAACGGAGCUCCCUGGGCCCCCCCCGGUCUCCCCCGGGGACCUCGGAGCAUCCCCGGGGCUGGUCCCGUGUCGCAGCCAGGCUGGAGCCCGGGGAGGGGGACGUCAUCCUCUGGCUGCCCCUCCGAAUCUGAAUUUCAGAUGACAGGAGGCGAUGGGAGGGGGGACUGGCCGGGCUGGGGUGCAAGGGGGCUGCUGGGUGUGCAGAGCCAUCAUCUGGGGGGGUUGUGCUGCAGGGGUCCCCAGCCCCUGCCCCCCCCCCCCAAAAGGGUCCGUUUAAAGCCCCUCUGUGCCCUGCCCAGGGGCUGCCCCUGCCCGGCUGGGCUGUAUCCAGCCUCGAGGACUGAUGUGCUGAGCUUGGAGCAGCCCCUUUUCGGGGACCGGCCUUGUCCGUGCCCCGUCCCAGCCCCCUCCCUGCACUUUCCACUGAAGCAUCUCCACUGUUGGGGCACGGGGGGGGGGGGUUACAGGGGAGGGGAUGGGGGGGUACGGGUGCACCAUGCGGGGUGCAAACCGAACAGUCCUUUUUUGGGUGCUGCACAGCACCCAGCCCAGCCCUUCUCCCCUGGGCUCAUUCCCUGCUGCCUUGCUCGGUGCUUUGCCCCCCCUGCCCCGCCCCCGCCCCGGGCUGGAUCCAGCACCCACCCCAUCCCCACACUGCGGGGGAGAUGGGUGCCAGCACCCCCCUCCCCACGCUCGCUAUGUUCCUGUGCCUCAUUAAUUUUUUUUUUUUUUAAGCCAGGUUUGGGGAAGAAAAAUCUGGCUGGAAAGGGGUGAUGCUGCUGGGGGGGGGGGGGGGGGUGGGGUGGGGGUGUCCUUGUCCCCAGGGCUGAACCGUGCUGGAGGAAGGGACAUGUGGUGGGGCAGAGCCACUUUGGAGGGAUGGGGGAUCCCCCCCCCCCCGAGGCUCUGCUUCUCAGGGGUAUCCACCGUGCAAACAGACGGAGGCAGGAUUAGCCGGGGAUUUGUCAUUUAGAUUGAUUCACUGAAAAUAUAAUCCUUGUUCAAUGAUACUAAACAAAUUAACUGAAGUCAAUAAAAGAUGUUUCUUACAA